AGGAAGGAAGGAAGGAAGGAGGGAGGGAGGUUCGGCCGAGGCGCUCCGAACGACGCUCAGUGAUGGACGGACCGAGCAGCCGAAACAAAGCGGCUAGUUAGCAUUUAGCGGAAGUCCACAACGACGAUGGAGUCGUGCAGCCCCAACCCGCUGGCCCACUUCACGGACAACUCGUACAAAAUGAGCGAGGAUGACGUCAGGAGGCUCAUCGAGUUCAGAGCCUCCAACGAGCUUCUCUUCACCGGAAAGAGGAACUCCGCCAAGAUGGCCUGGAGCACCAUCCUGAGGGCUUUGGACCUGCAGGGGAAGCUGACAGCCGAGCAGAUCGCCAAGAAGUGGGACAAUCUGCGCUCCAAAUACAAGGACCUGAAGCAGCCCUACCAAUCAGCAGGUCAGGAGCAGCUGGAGGGCGUGGCCGAGUCGUGGCCGUGGUUCCGGAUGAUGGACGACGCCAUGCACGGUCGCCUGUACAACAGUCACAUGGUGCUCGGCGCGCCAAACGACAACAACGACGACAUCCUGGAGUUCCUCAUCAAGACCGAGUUGGAGGACUCGGGCGCCGCCGCCGACGGCGCCGCCGCGCCCGCCGAGGGCCCGCCCGUGGGCUGGAGGAGGACGGGCGAGUGUUCCUACAAAAUGUCCGAAGCGGAGACGGAGCGCCUCAUCAAGGUUCGCGCCGCCAACGAGGCCAUCUUCACUGGCAGGAAACACUCGGCCAAGCUGGCGUGGAGGGCCGUGCUUCACGAGCUGGGUCUGCAGGGCAAGCUGAGCACCGAGCAGCUGGCCAAGAAGUGGGACAACCUGAAGAGGAGGUACAAGGAGCUGAAGUUUCCCCCGCACGGCGCGGAGUCCAACCCGAGCUCCUGGCCGUGGUUCUACCUCAUGAACGACGCCGCGGAAGGCCGCCUGGCCGGCGCCGCGCCCGCCCUCGCGCCCGUCGCCGACGAGGAUGACGAGGACGACGACUGCGAGAUGCUGACCCCCGCGCCUAGGAAGCGAGCCCGCAGGAGUCGGGCGGGCAUGGCUGACUUCCUCACCGAGUCGGAGAUGGACCUGCUGGUCCGCGCCGAGGGCAAAAACGCUUCCUCGGCGCCGGGAGACCUCCGGCGGAUGUCUGAGUUCAGCUACAAACUGACGGAAGACGACAUCCGAAAACUGGUGGAGCUGCGAGCGGCCAACGAGGCGCUCUUCACGGGACGGAGGAACAGCGCCAAGCCCGCCUGGAGGGGCAUCGUGGAGGAGAUGGGCCUGACGGGAAAGAUCACGCCGGACCAGGUGGCCAAGAAGUGGGACAACCUGAAGACCAAGUUCAAGCUGUUUGAUCCGCCGUCCCUAAUGAAGUGUCCCACGUGGCGUGUGGUUCAGGACCUGAAGUUCCCCCCGCGGGGCGUGGAGCCUCAGGGUGGGGCGGCCUCCUGGCCGUGGUUCCGGCUGAUGAACGACGCCCUGGAGGGCCGCCUGGCGGGCAACGCCGCCCGGGCGGCGCCAAUGUGGAUCGGCGAGGAGGACGCCGUCGUCUCGGGCUGGCCCCCCUCCGUCGACGGCCGGGGGGCGGAGCCGGGCAUCUGCGGGGCGGAGCCGGGCGCCUUCGGGGCGGAGCCGGAAGUCUGCGGGGCGGGCGACGGCCGAGGUGCUGCGGACCUCUGCGAGUCGGAGGGCAACGUCACCUACAUCGACGCCAGCGGCGAAGAAUGCUCCGCCCCUACGGAGCUCUCCUACAAAAUGAGCGAGCAGGACACUCGGCGCUUGAUCACGCUCAGAGCCGCCAACGAGGUUUUGUUCACCGGAAAGAGAAACGCCGCCAAGGCUGCUUGGAAGGCCAUCAUCCGGCAGCUGGAUCUCCAGGGGAAAGUGUCCACCUACCAGGUGGCCAAGAAGUGGGACAAUCUCAAACGCAGGUUCAAGGACCUGAAGUACCCCCCCGCGGGCAUGGAGAACACGACGGAGAGCGCCGCCUCCUGGCCUUGGUUCCGCUUGAUGAAUGACGCCAUGGAGGGUCGCCUGGUGUGCGGCCCCCACCUCCUGACGCCCGUCGCCCUCGAGCCCGCCCCCGGGCGCCGCCCCCCUUCGCCGCCCGCCUCCGACUCUGGACUCGAGUCGCCGGCGGGCGGCGGCGAGCCGAACCGCUUUGAGCUGGAGCGUGAGCGCCAGAUGCUGGAGCGAGAGCGCGCGGCGGUGCGGGCUGAGAGAACGCGCCUGGAGAGGGAGCGGGUGGCGCUGGAGGCGGACCGCGCCCUGCUGGAGCAGGAGAAGGCGGCGCUCGGCCGAGAGAGGGACCUUCUGCACCGGGCGGGCGUCGCGGUCGCCGCCGACCCCCAUUCGGGACGCAACGGCGCCGUCUCGUAGACGUCGCUCGCCGGGGGCGCGUCGUCGGCCCGCUCGCGGUGGUGCACAAAGACGUGUCGCCGGCCGGGCACACAUCGAAUGGCCGCCCGCUCCGUUGAACGCCACUGCACCCUAGGACGCCUUUGACGACGUUCACGUGGCCGGGCAGCGCUCGCCGCGUUCGUCUCCAUCAGGGAUGUCAUCGAGUGUCUCAUCCUCAAUGAUGUCGUCAUCGGCGUCAGUCCCCGGCCCCUGCGGCUUCUGCACGUUGUCUUUGAAAACGAUUGCCUGCAGGAAGUCGGACACUUUGUAUUUAUUUAUCUUAGGAAGGAGGCGGGGCUUCACGUUGUGCCUCUUGAAUAUUAAUGACACUUUUUGAGGUUUAAAAAAAUAAAAAUGUUAUCGUUAACAAAGCGAUGCCCUUUGCGCGAGUU